AUGCGCCGAAGGACAAGGUGCCGAUACACAAGGGCUGGAAGCGAGCAAACACUGUCAGUCUUCGACGUGCAAGUGAUAUGCUUUCAGCUGAGAUUGAAGCAACGAGUGGCGAGGUCGUUGCCAAGGGCCUUGAUUCCAUUGGCAUAUUGCUCUCUCGUCUACAGCAGAUGCAGGUCGCCUGUCAAGCUGCCAUCACAAAGGCAGAGAAAAGCUGCAAGAUGGGACAAGAUGAGACAAGAUGAGACAAGAUGA